AUGGACUUGGCGGGUCUUCGGCUUUUGACGCUUUUGACGCUUUUGCAAGGAAUUCACACAGCUCGAGGGAGUUGUGGAAACGAGCAGUUUGAGUGCCUCAGUGGACAGUGCAUCGACAUCAGUUGGAAAUGUGACGGAACCAAAGACUGCACAGACGAUUCCGAUGAGCUCAACUGUCCUUCUCCAACAUGCAACUCACAGCAGUUUAAAUGCGUGACGAGCGGGGAAUGCAUCUCCUCGGCUUUCGUGUGUGACGGCGAGAAAGACUGCGAGGACGGUUCGGAUGAACAACGAGAAUGUGGCAGUCGGACCUGCAGUCCAGACCAGUUCACCUGCCACGAAGGCCAGUGCAUCCCUGCCAAAUACAAAUGCGACCAUGUGAAGGAUUGUGUGGACAACUCUGAUGAAAAUAACUGCAACUACCCACAGUGCACUGAGAAGACGUGUGCCAAUGGUGCUUGUUACAACAACUCUCAGCAUUGCAAUGGAAUCAAAGACUGCAGAGAUGGUUCGGACGAAUAUAACUGUACCACCCACCAUUGUCUCAACCAUGAAUUUCAGUGCGACAAUGGUGUUUGCAUCCCAAAUUUCUUCUUGUGUGACCACUGGGACAACUGUGGCGACAACAGUGACGAGCGUGACUGCGUGUACGGCACCUGUCGCGGAGAUGAGUUCACCUGCGCAAACGGGGCUUGUAUUCCUCAACGCUGGGUUUGUGACCAGCUCAACGACUGCGGUGACUACAGUGAUGAAAAAGACUGCGACAUUGACCACCGUGAGUGCUACCCUGGCGAGUGGGGCUGCCCGGGUUCCGCGGCUUGCAUACCCGUGGGGAAAGUUUGUGACGAGAAGCCAGAUUGUCCCGGUGGAACGGAUGAGACAAACUCCACGACUGGGAAGAACUGCAGCCUGGAUCGCUGCUCAGCCUUGAGCUGCGAAUAUCUGUGCCACGUGUCGCCACAAGGAGGCGCUUGCUACUGCCCUGAUGGUUUCAUUGUAGGGAAUGACAGUCGCUCCUGUGUUGACUACAACGACUGUCAAAUCUGGGGGAUUUGUGACCAGAUAUGCGAAGACCGGCCUGGGACGCAUCGUUGUAGUUGUACCAGUGGAUACAUACUGGAGCUUGGUCAUGUCUGCAGGGCCAAUGUGUCAGACGGACAGCCACAUCUGAUUUUCACAGACGGAGGCGACGUGAUGAUGGCCGACGUACACGGCCGCAACGUACGUAUUCUGGUGCCGGCUCAGGGCAAAGGAUCUGUGGUGGGCGUGGCCUACCACAGGCACAGCGAGACAGUCUUUUGGAGCGACACCGUCAAAAAGAAGGUGUUUUCCGCCAACUACAACGGCGGAAACAUUAAAGAGGUUCUAACAGCGGCGGUUCACAAUGUCCAAAACUUGGCGGUGGAUUGGGUCAACUUUAAACUGUACGUUUUGGACGCGGCGGUGGAGCGUAUCGACGCCUGCGACUUUGAGGGAGGGAAUCGGGUCACGCUGAUUGCGGAGAACCUGCUGAGUCCUCAUGGACUCGUCCUGGACCCAACAGUCGGUUAUAUGUUCUUCACGGACAUGGGCGUGAGCUACGAACAGAUGAAGCUGGAACGGGCCUUCAUGGACGGCAGCAACCGCUUGGAGUUAGUCAAGAACCGACUGGGCAUACCGACCGGAAUAAGCCUGGAUAUCGUCACCAAGCGGGUCUACUGGUCCGACAGCCAUUUUGACACUGUGGAGACUGUCACCUAUCAAGGUUUGAAUAGGAAAGUAGUGCUAAACGGCGGAACGCAGGCCCCGCAUCCCUUUGGACUAGCCGUCUUUGAAAACCAUGUAUUCUUUACGGAUUGGACCAAGAUGGGGGUGGUGAGAGCCAACCGCUUCAACGGCAGCAGCCCCACAUUCCUGUAUCGCACCGCCAAUCGACCUGGUCACAUUGUGGUCUCCCACUCGGUGCUGCAGCCUAUCGUUAUCAACCCGUGCGGGCGGCACAACGGCGGCUGUCAGCACAUUUGCGUCCUGAGCCACCGCACCGACAACGGCGGGCUGGGGUACCGAUGUAAGUGUCGCCUAGGUUACGACUUGCAGACAGACCUUCGGAGCUGCUCCGAGGUAAAGAACUAUUUGCUUGUGGCCACUCACACGGCCUUGCGAGGGAUCCCGCUCCAAGUCUCCCUGCAGGACGUCACCCUUCCCCUCACGGGGCUCGGCUCGUCAUUUUACGGCUCGGCUGUGGAGUUCGACGGCAAAGAGAAGGUUCUGUUCUACAACGACAAGUCCCGGGGGACGAUUUAUAAAUCCAGUUUAAACGGGAGCGCUCAGGAGAUUUUGACAAGCUAUAGGACUUCUGCCGACACCAUGGCCUAUGACUGGACCUCCAAAGUUUUGUUCUGGACUUCGGCCUCCUACCACUCAGUAGUGGCCUUCAGAAUCACAGACAAGUCCCGGCGGGACAUCGUAACUGGAUUGAGGAACCCAAAAGGAAUCGCAGUGCAUCCUGGUGCUGGCUACUUGUUCUGGUCCGACUGGUAUCGUCCGGCGGUCAUCAUGAGGGGCUUCACUGAUGGAAGCAACGCGAUUCCGUUGGUCAACAAAACCCUCGGAUGGCCCAAUGGACUCGUCAUUGACUAUGCACAAAAUCGCUUGUACUGGGCGGACGCCCUCUUCGAUCAGAUUUCUCACGUUAACUUUGAAGGAAACAACCGAGAGACAUUCAGCAAUCUUGGACAGAUCACAAAUCCGUACUCGAUGACUCUUUAUUCAGACUUCCUGUAUGUCGCCGAUACCAGAACCAAAGCGAUUUACCAAAUGAGGAAAAGGGACGGCGGAAGAAUCCAAACGAUCAGACAAGGAAUCGACAACAUCAGGAACAUUAAGGCUUACACAGCAGACUUCCAUAGCAGCAUCACUUCUCGUUGUGAUUCGGUACCGAACGGGCGCUGCAGUCACUUCUGCUUCCCAACGCCGUCCAACUCACGCGUGUGCGGGUGUCCGUACGGCAUGAAGCUGCAGGCCAACAUGCAGGACUGCGUCAAGGACGACAGCGUCCCACCGCCUGACAACAACUGCGGGGAUUACUCUUUCGAGUGCGAUGAGGGACGAUGCCACCCAAACUCCUAUCGGUGCGACGGCUAUUUGGACUGUGUGGAUAAGUCGGACGAAGCCAACUGUACUAAUACAGGAUCGACCUGCUCGCCCUUUGCUUUCACUUGCAACAACAAGCACUGCAUCAUACCCGGGUGGCGCUGCGAUGGCACCGACGACUGCGGUGAUGGCUCAGACGAAGCCGGCUGUCCUACCAACGUGCCCACCACCUGUUCAGCUGGCACCUUCACCUGCGAUAACCACAACUGCAUCUCCAAAUCGUGGCUUUGCGACGGCGACAACGACUGCGGGGACGGUUCGGAUGAGAGAAACUGCAAUGGCACUGCCACAACGUGCGGUCCGGCCUACUUCCUGUGUCCCGACCACCGCUGUAUAUUCAACAGCUACGUGUGUGACGGAGACCAGGAUUGCUUAGAUGGCGCUGAUGAGGAAAAUUGCGAUUUUUCCUGCCCCUCCUAUGAGUUUGCCUGUGCCAGUGGUGACCAGUGCAUCAGCAGCAGUUAUCGCUGCGACGGAGUGUUUGACUGCAAAGACCGUUCCGACGAGCGAGACUGUCCCACUCGGGGUCCCGGUUUGUGCCACGACCACGAGUUCCAGUGUCAAACUGACGGAUUCUGCAUCCCAGUCGAGUGGGAGUGUGACGGCCACCCCGAUUGCGAAGACGGAUCCGACGAGCACGUCACCUGCCCGGCCGUUACUUGCUCUCCCAGCUACUUCCAGUGCCCCAACAAGAUGUGCAUCCCAAAAUACUGGUUGUGCGACGGCGAAAACGAUUGCCGGGACAAUAGCGACGAGCAGAACUGUCCCACGCCGCCGUUCCAGUGUCCCAACGGUCAGUGGAUGUGUCCCACCGACCAGGUUUGCAUUCAGCAAGACAAAGUAUGCGACGGCAAUAAGGACUGCCCGAACGGAGCCGACGAGUCGCCCAUCUGCAACGAAGAGGACUGUAUCCUGAACAACGGUGGCUGCAGCGACAUCUGCGUUCAAGGACCAUUCGGAGCUGAGUGCAAGUGUCUGCCGGGUUUCCAGCUGCUCAACGACUCCAAAACGUGCGAGGACAUCAACGAGUGCCUGAUCCCGGGUUUCUGCAGCCAGGAAUGCUAUAACGAGAGAGGGAGCUUCCGCUGUUACUGCUCCGGAGGUUACCUCUUGGAGCCGGACAAGCGCACUUGCAAAGCUGUCGACCCUCUGGCAGCUGUACUUUUGGUGGCCAAGCGCAGCCAGAUUAUCGGCUACAGGAUCAACGCCAAGCCGCCCACCAUCAGUCCGGUGACGAGCGGUUCAAGCAUCGUGACGGUAGACUUUGACCGCGUAACCUCUAGGGUGUACUGGGCCGACGCCACCCAGAAGAAGAUAUGGAGCGCCUACCAGAAUGGAACUGAGAAACAGGAAAUUUUCUCCACCGGUCUGAUGGUACCAGAGAGCAUCGCGGUGGACUGGGUUGGCAGGAACCUUUACUGGACUGAUUCGGUGAUGGAGAACAUCGAGGUGUCCACUCUGGACGGUCGCUUCCGAAAAGUGCUCCUCACUAAAAACGUCACAAGCCCUCGUGGCCUCGUCUUAGACCCUCGCAACCAUACCAACUUGAUGUUCUGGUCGGAUUGGGGUCAGAAUCCGAGGAUAGAGAAGGCCUACAUGGACGGAAGCCUGAGAGAAGUCAUCGUCAGCACAAAGGUCUACUGGCCUAACGGCUUGGCACUGGACUACACCACUCGCAGGGUGUACUUUGCUGACGCUUACCUCAAAUAUAUCGACUACUGUGAUUACGACGGGAAGAACCGCCAUCAAGUCAUGGCCAGCGAUACGCUUCUCCAGCACCCGCACGGGAUGACCGUAUUUGAGGACAACGUCUACUGGUCGGAUCGCUUCAUCAGUAAGGUGAUGAGCACCAACAAGUUCCACGGCGGCAACGUCACCACGCUGAUGAACAGUGUGUACCAACCCAUGGGCCUGGUGAUGGACCAUCCCGUUAAACAACCAGCAGCCUUCAAUCCAUGCCGGGAACAUUUAUGCAGUCAACUCUGCCUGCUGUCGGGCCUCAGACCAAGAUAUUACACAUGCCACUGUCAGUCUGGAUGGACGCUGAAGGAUGAUAAACGCACCUGUGUUCAAGACAAAACACCCUUCUUGAUGGUAGUAAGAGAUUCCGUGCUCUUCGGAAUCCCUUUGGACCCGGCCGACCUCAACGACAACGCCAUGGAGCCUGUGUCGGGCGUCCGUCAGGGGCGGGACGUCGACUUUGACGACCGCGAUCAGUUUGUCUACUGGGUUGAAACCACUGGUUCAAUUUGGCGAGUGCACACCAACGGUACCGACAGGUCUCAGUUUGCUCCGGCCGCUCUCAUGGGCUCGCCGUCCGGUCUUGCUUUCGAUUGGAUGAGCCGAAUAAUGUACUAUAAUAACCCAGUGGCCAAAUCCAUAGAGGUCGUACGCGUUGAUGGAAGUCAGCAUUAUCGGAAAACGCUCAUCACAUCUACCGGGAAACCAGAAGGAGUAGGAAAUCCUGUUGGAAUUACUGUAGAUCCAGGCAGAGGGAAAUUAUUCUGGUCAGACUCUGGGUCAGACAAUGGGGUCCCUUCCAAAAUUGCCAGUGCGGACAUGGAUGGGAGCAACCUGACUAACCUCUACACGGGAAACCUGGCAAACGUCGGCUACAUAGCCGCUGAUAUUUCAACCAGGAAGCUUUACUGGGGCGUGUCGGGCUCAGGAGUGAUUGAGAGCGGCACUAUGGACGGGGCGAGCCGGGUAACGGUGGUCAGCGGCCUGUCCCGCCCGUGCGGGCUGACUAUCUACAAGAGCCAUCUCUAUUACACGGACGUUGACUACCAGGUCAUUGAGAGAGUGGACAAAGACACGGGUGCCAACAUGGUGGUGAUGAGGAGCGGCUUGGCCCAACUGCGUUCCAUCAAAGUGCACGCCAGAGACGAAUCGGCAGGGAGCUCCAACGCUUGCAGCUCCAACAACGGAGACUGUCCUCACCUGUGUCUACCCAAACCCAACAACAAACGAACCUGCGCCUGCACCACCGGCUUCCACCCGUCUCCGGACGGCACGCGUUGCGAGGAGUUCGAGUCUUUCGCCGUGGUCUCCACGCCCAAGUACAUCCGCGGGUUCCACAUCAAUAGCUCGGAUCAUUCGGAGGCCAUGGUUCCCAUCGGCGGACCUUCUUACAGCGCUAAUGAGGGCUUGGGUCUCCACAUAGAGUCUGGCUACAUCUACUGGAUUGAUAACGGCACCUCUUCCUCUUAUAAGGGCAUUUAUAGGAGCAAAACAGAUGGAUCAAACGUCCAAAAAGUGGUCUCAGGUGGCAUCGGCAGAGGAGGCAUCCAGGGCAUUGCAGUGGACUGGGUUGCUAAUAACCUGUACUUCACCAACGCCUUUGAAAGCGAGACCUUCCUGGAAGUGCAGGCCAUCAACACUUCGUACCGACUGAUCCUCUUCAAGUCCGUCCACGACCGACCCCGCGACCUGGCCGUCAACCCCAAACAGCGCUACCUUUUCUGGACCGACUCGGGCCAGACGCCCAAGAUAGAGCGCGCCCUGCUGGACGGCACAAACCGCACCGUGCUGGCUUCUGAGAGUCUGUCAACUCCUCGCGGCCUCACUGUCGAUUACAACAACGAUUUUCUCUAUUGGACGGACGACACUCUGGACAUGAUCUCUCGUAUGUAUAUGGACGGCUCACAGAGGGAGAUAAUCCGCUUCGGGAGUCGCUGUCCAGCUCCUACUGGGGUCGCUAUACUUGGAAACGUCAUGCUGUGGGUGGAUAAAAGACUUGGGAAGCUCUUCCAGGCCAGUAAAGAACCAGGCAACCUUAACCAGUCCGAGGUAAUCCGGGACAACCUGGCUGCCGCCUCCGACGUGGCCAUCUUUGAUCCUCACGUCCAACCCUUAGCGGCCCACCAAGUGGGCUUCAACCCGUGUCACGAGGACAACGGCCGCUGCCAGCAACUCUGCUUCGCCAUCCCCAACCAGGACCACCCGAAAUGCGCUUGCGCUCACGGCUCGCUCCUCAGCAACGGAAUCACCUGCGGCUACGGCCAAGAUGAUUUUCUCAUUUUCACCACAGACUACACACUGAACAGUAUGAGGCUGGACCCGCAGGAUCACAGCACUCCUUUCCCUACAUUUCAAUUAGGCUACAACUUGAUGGGAUUGGAUUUCGACUAUAGGGAGCGGCGCGUUUUCUUCACCCAGUACAAGGGCAUAGGAAGGAGCAUAAUUGGCUACAUCACCACCACGUCUGUCGGUAGUGCACCGACUAUUAUCGCUUCAAAUCUGGAGGACCCUGAAGGCUUGGCGUACGAUUGGGUCAACAAACGUGUCUACUACACCGACUACUAUGCUAAGAAUGUGCAGUCCAUCGGCUUGGACAGAGGGAACCGCACAAUCAUUGCCCACGCAAACCGUCCCAGAGCUAUCAUCGUGGAUCCUUGCUAUGGUUACUUGUACUGGACCGAUUGGGCAAGCCCUGCCAAAAUUGAACGAGCCACACUAGGCGGAAACUUCCGAACGUCCAUCAUUAACAGCGGCUUGUCUACACCCAACGGCCUUGCUAUUGACUUUGAAGAGAGGAUGUUGUACUGGGCUGACGCUUCACAAGAUAAAAUCGAACGGUCCACCCUGACAGGCGCAAACAGACAAGUGAUCUUGCUGGGAGUUCAGUACCCCUUCGCCAUGACAGUCUUUAAGCAGGACAUCUUCUGGACCGACUGGUCGGAGAGAGGCGUCUUUCGGGCAGGAAAAGAAGAUGGUUCUGGCGUGGUGGUGCUAGGCCAGGAUCUUCAGUACCGGCCCAAUGAUAUUCACGUCUUCUCUUCGUCCAAGCAAGAGAGUUGCUCGAGUUCCUGCUUGCAGUUCAAUGGAGGGUGUAGUCAUGUCUGUGUACCUGGGCCAACGGGACCAGAGUGUCAAUGUCCCCACGAAGGCAAGUGGUACCUGGCCAAUAAUGGCAAGGACUGCAUCCAGGACAACGGGAAGCGCUGCCAACCCAAUCAGUUCACCUGUCUGAAUGGUAACUGCAUCUCGCAAAACUGGAAAUGCGACGGCUUCAACGACUGCAAGGACGACUCGGACGAGCUGGAGAGAGUGUGCGCCUUCCACACCUGCUCGAGCUCUCAGUUCACCUGUGACAACGGCCGCUGUGUCUCGCUCAGCUACGCCUGCGACCACACCGACGACUGCGGCGACAACAGUGACGAGCGCGGCUGCCCUUUUCCCACAUGCAACCCGGAUACGGAGUUCACCUGCAACAAUGGCCGCUGCAUCAGCGCCGCCUUCAUUUGCGACGGCUACAACGACUGCCGCGACAACGCCACCUCAGAUGAAAUCAACUGCCCUGACAGGCAGUGUCCCUCUGGUAAGGUGAAAUGCGAGAACACUAACAUCUGCAUCUACCCUGACAACCUGUGUGACGGAUACAACAACUGCGGCGACAACAGCGACGAGAAUCCGCUCUUCUGCGAGGGCCGCACGUGUCCACCCAACAAAUUCCAAUGUGACAGUGGUAAGUGCAUCCCUGAAGUCUGGGUGUGCGAUACCUACAAGGACUGCGAAGACGGAACGGAUGAACCGCCCACCUGCGAGCAUCAAGUGCAAACUUGCAGCACAAACCAGUUCACGUGCACAGAUGGGAACUGCAUCCCUCCGUUUUUAGUGUGCGACGGCAACAAUGACUGCGGGGAUGACAGUGACGAGGCUCCUGAACUGCAGUGUGGCCAGCGUACGUGCAGCUCGGACCAAUUCACCUGCCCGACCUGGUUACCGGGUUACCCACGCUGCGUGUCCCUAAAUUACGUUUGCGACGGUGACAAAGACUGUGCCGAUGCCGCCGACGAGCUCCAGAACUGCCCUAAUCGGACCUGCCACAUGAAUGAGUUUAAGUGCAACAACGGUCUUUGCAUCUAUUUCCCCUUUCGUUGCGACCACGUCAACGACUGCGGGGACGGCAGCGACGAGCUGGGCUGCACUUACGAUACUUGCAGCAGCUCCCAGUUCACCUGCGGCAACGGAGCCUGCAUCUUCUCCACUUACGUUUGCGACGGAGAGAGCGACUGCCUGGACGGAUCAGACGAGGCGGACAGGCUAUGCGUGACGCCGCGACCCACGUGCUCGCCUCAGCAGUACUUGUGCAAGUCUGGAGAGUGCAUCGAUUUGAAGAACGUGUGCAACGGAGUGAAGGACUGCCAGGACAACAGUGACGAGAAAGGCUGCGGAAUCAAUGAGUGCCUGAACCCUGCUCUCCACCAGUGCGCCCAGCAAUGCACGGACACCCUCACCGGUUACUUCUGCUCCUGCAACCCCGGCUUCCAGCUCAUGCCCGACGGCAAAGCCUGCGAGGACGUGGACGAGUGUCUUAGCACGCCGUCCGUCUGCAGUCAGAUCUGCGACAACACCGUCGGCUCCUACCAUUGCAAAUGCGCCCCGGGAUACCUGCGGGAACCUGACGGUCGCGGCUGCCGCCAGAACAGCGGCGUUGAGCCGUACCUACUGUAUACCAAUCGCUACUACAUCCGCAACUUGACUACGGAUGGGUCCAGGCUUAGCAUUGUGCUGCAGGGGCUCUCCAACGCGGUGGCGUUGGAUUACGACUAUUCCGAAAAGUGGCUUUACUGGUUCGACGCCGGAGUAGGGAAGAUGGAAAGGAUGCGUUUCAAUGGUUACGGCAGAGAGGUUCUGAUGGACGGCGUGUUCGGCGUAGAGGGCCUGGCUCUCGACUGGGUGGGCAGGAAGUUAUACUGGACGGACGGUUACUAUGGCUCCAUUCACGUGAUGGAGUUAGAUGGGCGCUACAAAAAGAAGCUAAUCACCGGCCACUUCACAGAGGGAAAUGUCACUUAUACCGUCACCCGACCUAGGGCGGUGGCUGUCAACCCCAAAUACGGGUACUUGUAUUGGACCGACUGGGCGGACACUCCGUAUAUCGCCAGGGCGGGCAUGGACGGAAGCAACGUCAGCGCUAUUAUAACUGCCAAGCUGGAGUGGCCAAACGCGCUAACUAUUGACUACACCACCAAUAAGAUUUUCUUUGCCGACGCCCAUCUCAACUUUCUCGACUUCGCCGACAUGGACGGCAAGAACCGCCACCGGACGCUCGCCGGUACACUGCCACAUGUCUUUGCGGUGUCCCUCUUUGAGGACACGCUCUAUUGGACCGACUUGAACACGCACUCUGUGGAAAAGGCCCACAAAUACACCGGUGACGGGCGCAUGGUCAUGGGCAACAACACUCACCGACCGUAUGACCUUAAUGUUUGCCACCCCUACAGGCAACUCAAAAGCGAGAACCCGUGCUCCUCCCACAGUUUAACCUGCAGUCAUCUGUGUCUGAUUGCACCCGGCGGGCAGAGAGCUACCUGCGAGUGUCCAGAUAACUUUAUUGGAAUUUCCGUGGGCUUCAAGAUCCAAUGUGUUGCCGACUGCUCCAGCACGCAGUUCCGUUGCGGGGACAACGAAAGGUGCAUUCCUAUAUGGUGGAAGUGUGACGGCCAAUCCGACUGCGGGGACGGCUCGGAUGAACCGCAAACUUGCCCGACCCGCAUUUGCCCCAUCGGCCGCUUCCAAUGUCAAGAUGGAAACUGCACAUAUCCCGGAUUCCUCUGCGACGGCCACCCGGACUGUCCCGAUGGUUCUGACGAGGACGCCGCCCUCUGCAGUGACCACCGCUGUGAGGACAACCAGUUUCAGUGCAAGAACAAGCAAUGCAUCCCCAUGUCGAUGCACUGCGACGGCUUCAAGGACUGCUCGGAUGGCAGCGACGAGGAUGCCGAAACCUGCGCACAGAAGACGUGUCGACCUGGACAGUUCCAGUGCACUAAUGGGAACUGCCUACCGGCGAGCUAUGUGUGCGACGCGCAGGACGACUGCGGAGACGGAUCUGACGAACCUUACGACACCUGCAUGGGCCCAGACUACAAGUGCGACGAAACCGAGUUCUCCUGCAAGACAAACUAUCGCUGCAUUCCUCAGUGGGCCCGAUGCGACGGCACCAACGACUGCAUCGACAACAGCGACGAGCAAGGCUGUGAGGAAGUGACAUGUGACCCGCUGGGUGAUUUCCGUUGCGACAACCACCGAUGCGUCCCCAUUCGCUGGAAGUGCGACGGCAGCAACGACUGCGGCGACAACUCGGACGAGAGGGACUGCCAGCCGAGACCCUGCUCCGAGAGCGAGUUCCGAUGCGACAAUUUGCAGUGCAUCCCCGGGAAUUGGGUGUGCGACCACGACGACGAUUGCGGCGACAACUCGGAUGAACGGGAUUGCGAGCUGCAAACGUGUCCUCCAGGCAAGUUCCAGUGCGACUCGGGUCACUGCGUGCCUGCUGUGCUGCAGUGCGAUGGCAUACCGCACUGCCAGGAUCUCUCUGAUGAGACCAGCUGUCCUACUCGUUAUCCGGGAGGCCGGUGGUGCCCCCUGGACCAAUUCCAGUGUGCCAACCAUCUGUGUCUCAACAUGGCCUGGGUGUGUGACGGCACCGACGACUGUGGCGACCACUCUGACGAAGAGCUCGCUUCGUGCUUGAACAUCACUUGCGAGAUGCCGUCUCGAUUCCGCUGCGACAACGGCUACUGCGUUCUCUCCGGCCUGCUGUGCAACAAGAAGGACGACUGUGGGGACGGCAGUGAUGAAAAGGAGGAACUUUGUCGGCCGGCCACGUUGGCCCCCUGCACACUGGACCAGUUUAAAUGCACCAAUGGACACUGCGUGCCUCUGCCGUAUGUCUGCGACCACAACGACAACUGCGGGGACCGAACGGACGAGUUGGGAUGCAAUUUCGGCCACGACCGCAACUGCGAGGAGAAGAAGUGCCAGCAGCAGUGCACCAACUUGAACGGCACCGGGUUCAUUUGCUCAUGCAGUCCUGGAUACGUUGUGGACCCGGACAACACCUACACUUGCUUGGACGUCAACGAGUGCGAGAUAUUCGGGAUCUGCCCUCAACUGUGCAAGAACACCAAGGGGGGUUACGACUGCGAGUGCGCCCCCGGCUACCGCAAAGUCGGCAACGGCGAAAUGUGCGAGGCCGAAGGCGCCACUCCUAUGCUACUUCUCCCCGAGAGCAUCCGCAUCCGAAGGUUCAACCUGCAGACUGGAGGCUACCACGACUUCAUCCAGGAGAGCGAGCGCAUCAUGGCACUGGAUUACGACUGGGAUCACAACAACACCGGAUUCAGUAUGGUUUACUUCACUGUGGCCAGAAAGGACUCUGAACCGGGUGGUAUUAAGAGAGCUUAUAUACCCUCAAUUGACGAUGGCAGCAACAACAUCGGCGCCGCUGUCGACCUUGAUAUCAAAUACAUCACCACGCCGGAUGGCAUCGCUGUGGACUGGGUGGGCAGGCAUCUGUACUGGGCCGACUCCAAGCUGAAGAGGUUAGAGGUGGCUAUGUUGGACGGACGCUACAGGAAGCACCUCGUCAAAACCGAACUGGGACACCCGUCUGCCGUGGCGGUCAACCCACGACUCGGAAUGCUGUACUGGUCAGACCGUGGAGAAGAAGCCAAGAUUGAAUGUUCCUGGUUAGAUGGCCAAAAGAGGAAAGUCCUGGUGGGGCAAAACAUGGGUUGGCCCACCGGCCUGUCCAUCGACUUCACCAAUAAUGACAGAAUAUACUGGUCGGACUCCAAGGAGAACCGUAUCGAGUCCGUUCUGCCUUCAGGAGAAGACCGCAGAACCGCAGUCUUCAUCGAUUUGAGAAACCCGCUCAGUGUGAGCGUGUUUGAAGACCACGUUUACUGGAACACGCAAGAGAAAGGCGAGAUCUUCCGGCAGGACAAGUUCGGUAGCGGGACCAAGACCAAGCUGCUGACUGUUGGACCCUGGCUGACGCAAGUUUCUAUCUACCAGCAGCAGCGAUACAACUCCAUUAACAUGAAGAAUCCAUGCAAAGGAACAUGCAGCCACCUGUGUCUUCUUCGCCCGGGCGGCUACACGUGCGCUUGUCCCGAAGGCACCGAUUUUGUCACUGGAAGUAACACGAAAUGCGAUGCCGGGUUUGACCCUCCGCCCACCAUGCCGCCACCGUGCCAGUGUCAAAAUGGCGGCACGUGCUACUUUGAUGACAACAAGGCUCUUUGCAAGUGUCCUCCAGCUUGGGAAGGUGACUACUGCCAGACGAGUGUCUACGACGUGGUGGCGUCAUCAAUCGGCAUCGCCAUCGGAGUGACCAUCGUCAUCUUGCUUCUGCUGGUCGGCCUAGUUUAUGCUGCUAGGAAGAAGUCCGACUUAAUUGAUAGAGUCAGGGACAGCCUUCCGUCCAUGCCGUCAAUGCCUUCCAUACCUUCUAUGCCGUCCAUGCCUUCAAUGCCCAACCUCCCUUUCUUCAGAAAAAGUUCACCUCCAAAUGCAUCCGAUUCAGAAGACGCUGAACCUAGGCUGAAUUCAGAGGCGGUUCCAUGCAUAUCCUUGGUGGAGCCGGAGCAGAAGAGUUUUGAGAAUCCGUCUUAUUCGACCGGACCGCAACCCGGCGCCAAGCGCACGCCCACCACCGAAGCCGCUCCCAGUGGAAAAAGCCAGGAGAGCAUCACUAAUCCAUUUUACAUGGAGGAGGUGAAGGUCCCGGACGAGCCCCCCAGAAUGAGCCCCACCAAAGCGUCCACUUCCAACAAGGGGGCUUUUGAGAAUCCGGCGUACAGCUCAGAGACCGAAGACGCCCCUUCGCCACCAGCCACUUCAAGAGCACAGAGAUUCGAACCUAUCGCCGAUGAGGGAUUAGUGUCUUUCCAAAACCCAGAGUACUUGGAGAAUGGCGACCAGCCGAGCAAGGAGGAGAAGAGAAGGGAGGAGGGAAACGGGACACAAAUAAAACCUCAUGUAUGA